UUGACAGCAUCGUUUUCAAUCGAGAUUUCACCUUACCAAGUGCUACUUUUCGCAUUCGCAUAAAAAAAGAGAGAAAGUUUUCCGCUAUUUAAGGAGCAAGUGGACGUCGACAUCGAGGCAGACUCGGUCUCCACCAAUAUGGGUAAGCGGUACGGUAAGCCCAUUACCAAAGAUAAGCAGAAUCCGAAAAGGAUAAAAUUUCAAGAUAGUCAGACCGAAGAAAUGGCCAAGCCGCAGAAGAAGCCUGCCAAGGCGUCCAAGAAGUCGCAGGAGAUUGCAUCUUCACGCAGUGUCAAAGAGAAGACAUUGCCAGAGUCCCCAAAAAGUCCUGAUAGCUUACCUGGAACAUCUAAGGAAAGAGUGCCACCAAUGGCUAAGGUGGGAAAGAAGUCUGUUAAAGCGUCAAAUAAGUCGCAGGAGAAUGCCUCUUCACGCAGUGUCAAAGAGAAGACAUUGCCAGAGUCUCCAAAAAGUCCUGAUAGCUUACCUGGAUCACCCGAGGGAAGGCAGUCACCAAUGCCCAAGGUGAGGAGGACGUCUGUUAGAGCGUUAAAGAAGUCGCAGGAGAAUGCAUCUUUACGCAGUGUCAAAGAGAAGACAUUGCCAGAGUCCCCAAAAAGUCCUGACAGCUUAUCUGGAUCACCCGAGGGAAGGCAGCUACGAAAGGCCCCAGUGAGAAAUAGGUCUGUUAAAUCGUCCAAGAAGUCGCAGGAUAAUGCAUCUUCAUACAGUGUCAAAGAGAAGACACUGACAGAGUUCCCAAAAAGUCCUGAUAGCUUCCCUGAAUCACCUGAGGAAAGAGGGCCACCAAUGGCCAAGGGGCGGAAGAAGUCUGUCACAGCGCCAAAGGCAAAACCAAAAAAAGCGCAGAAGAAUGCAUCUUUAGAGGGUAUCAAAGAGAAGACAUUGCCAGAGUCCCCAAAAAGCCCUGAUAACUUCCCUGGAACACCUGAAGAAAUAGAGCCACCAAUAACCAAGGGGCGGAAGAAGUCUGGCAGGGCACCUAAGAAAUCACUAAAGUCGCAGAAGAAUGCAUCUUUAGAGGAUGCCAAAGAGAAGACACCACCACCAGUGUCACCAAAAACUCCCAAUAGCUUGAAUGGAACACCUGAGGGAAGGGAGCCACCAAGGCUGCCUUUCCAGACGCCAGGCAGGGCCAAGCUCGUCUCCAGGCUGAUCAGAGAUUAAUCCUUGCAAGUCCACCAAGAAGGAGAACCAUCAGAAAAACAAAUACAAGACGAAUCCGGGCCAAGAAGUUAAUGAAAUACGAACAGCAGAUGCUUGCUAUAA